AAGUCAAAACUCAAAUCUGACUUGUGAAAUAUAAAGUUUGCUCCUCUUUAGUCGUCCCUGUAGCGUUAAUUCUGAAAUGAAAUUGUUUCCCGCGCUCAAAUGGAUCUAGAUGAAUUAUCUUCAGAGAGGAUACGCCCCGGUUAAAAUGCUGUCGACCUGCAGAGGUAUUGCGGCAGCCCCGGGGCUAGGAGGUGCGGAGCCGGGGACAGAGAGGCAGAGCGACGGCCGAGACAGGGGAGCUCAAAGCGGGGAAGAGAGACGGCAAGGACUCGGUGUUCAGGAGUGGCCCGACGGAUCCAGAUACGAGGGAGAAUUUGUGAACGGAUUUAAACAUGGCAAAGGGAAGUACACAUGGAUAAAUGGAGAGUUCUAUGAGGGCUCUUUCUACAAAGACUACAGGCAUGGGGAUGGGCUGUACUGCUGGCCCACAGGCCACACGUUUACUGGCAAGUUUUACCUCAACAGAAAGGAAGGAUAUGGACAACAAUGGUUCCCUGACAGAGCCACCUUUCAGGGUUUGUACCACGCUGACCAGAGACUUGGUCCAGGUGUGGUAAGUUAUCCAGACGGGCGUAAAGAUGUUGGUCUGUGGCUCAGGGAGCGCCUUCUUAGGCUCUGUACCACUGUAAAAGAGGGUUUUAGCCUGAAGAACUUUCCUGAAUAUGCUGCCUACAUGGACCCAGCUGCUAUCACAGAUUCCCCGACUCAGCCUCCCAUUAGUGGUCUACAGGUGGAUAUGGACAGAGAUCUGCUGUCAGAUGAGACAUUUAUCCUUCCCCCCGGCAUGGAGAGUUACUCAACAGAUGGUGAACACUUGCCGCUGCCUCCUGGACGAAGAAAAGAGCUGGAUCAACACUUCUAUGGCGAGCUCUGGGAGCCAGAUGAUUAUCCACACCAAGGCUAUGAGCGAGAUCCACUCUCCACCCUGCCCUUACAGGCCCGCAUGCAGGCUCACAUACACAAACACAGACGACAGGCUGAAAAUGUGGGCUGGGAUGUGGCAGCUGUUCUCUCUUUGAAGAGGGACAGUUUUGGUCCUAAAGGGCCUUUGGAAGUCAGUUCAGAGCUGUUGAUCCAGCACGCCUCCCAAGGGGAACUGCAGAUCGUGUCACAGAUCCUCCAGACCGGAUUGGUCCAUCCAGAUGUAGCAGAUUCACAAGGCCACACUGCACUGAUCGCUGCCACAGUAAACUGCCAUAAUGACGUGAUCCAGCUGUUGUUGGAUAUGGGUGCUGAUAUUGACAAGUUGAACUGUGAAGGCAUGUCAGCCCUGGCUGUGUGUCAUGUCCUCUACUACCCUUUUCAGUCUCUGCACACCACUUUGGCUGAACUGCCCGCCAAAACUCAAGUUUUGAAGUCUCCCUCUGCAGGUGGGAACAGUUUUCAGAAUAGCCAAGUGGACUUCACUCCAGACACAACCAGGACAACAGAGGAACUAACGGAGCACGUCUUAGAUCACAGCAGUAAAGUGUCUAAUAACAGUGAGCCCAUCACCGAGAGCCGGUCUCACCUGAAUGAACCUGAGAUCCCUGCAGACAUUGAACACCUGCAGGAGAAGGAGAGAGAGGAGAAAGAGGGAGAAGGAGGGCAAAGAGACUGCAAGGAGACAGAGAAAGAAGGAAAGGUUACAGAGAGACAAGAAACAAGCAGCAGGGAGGAUGGCAAUGAGAGCAACGGGGAGGAAAGAGAGAUAGAGAGCAGAUGUGAUCAAAAUGGAGAAAGUGAGGUAGAUGGGAAGGAAAUAGUAUUUAAGAAGAGACAGGAAGAUUUUGAGUUUGGUAAGGGGAAAGACACAGAGUCAAGAAAAGAGAAUAUGGAGGUGAGAGAGGAGGAUGAGGAACAUGGAGAGAAGAGAGUAAGGAAUAAUCAUGAAGAGGAUAUAAAGGAGAAAGAAAAGAGAGUAUGUGAGGAUGUGCCCUGUGUGGAGCGAUGCAUUCAGGUGUUGGAUGGGCACAUUGCUGUGGGCAGCGUGCAGUGGAAGGAACGGCGAACCAAAGCAGCAGGAAGAGUUCAGCAGGGCAAAGACAAAGAACUGACCCAAAAUCCGACUUUUGACUCGGCCCGCUCCGUCUGCAGCUACAGCAUUCAGGUCACAGAGGAAGUGAUGCAGCGCUCAGCAGAGGCGCUGAGUCGUACGGGAAUCCCACAGCGCUCUGACACACAGGAGACUGUGCGCAGAAUGGCUGCCAUGAAAACCGAGCACCGUGUUCGUUUGAACACUUUGAAGCUGUUAUUGGAACGUGGAGCUGACCCCAACGCAUGCAGGGUCCCCAUGCCUGUCCUCUUUAUGGUCAUUAUGGCGGCUGACACUGAGGCUGUCAGGAGAUUGCUGCUGUGUGGAGCUCGUACUGACAUUCCCCUUCCACCGGAGAGGAAAGGCCUGUAUCCUCUGCAUAUAGCUGCAGCACUGCAAGGUCCAGCAGGUCCCAAAAUCACAGAGUUGCUGCUCCACGCUGUCACUGAUCCAGAGGCACAGGCAUGCGACCAGAAUGAGAUCUAUGAACCUGAUAAGAUUUUCCUGAAGUCCCAGGAACCAUUGAGCACUAAUAAGAACCCACAUCUCAAAGAAGGAGGCAGAACGGCCCUGCACGUGGCCUGCCAGAGAGACAGUGACUACCGGAAUGCCAGUAAGGUGGUAGCCCUCCUGCUCUCCCACAGAGCCAGCACAGACCUCCUCUGGAGUGGACACUCACCUCUCUCCCUGGCUAUAGCAAGUGGGAAUGACCUGGCGGUGGAGGAGCUUUUGAAGGGAGGUGCAGAUCCCAACAUCCCGCUGGGCCGCAGGGUGGCCAGUGCCCUCUGUGCCCUCGCCAACAUAAACUACCACUUAGGUGGCAACAGAGCCAAGCUGUUGGACAUGUUGGCUCAGGCAGGUGCCGACAUCUUGAUGCCGGUUACAGUGGGUGAUGUUGUGGGAACCGCAGUGGACUAUGCAUAUCACUCUUUCAACCAGGACUUUCGUAUUGCCAACACUCCGUUCCACGCUCUGAACAUGCGGGAGAGGGAAACAUUCAAAGCACGGCACCAGCUGCUGAGCAUGAUGGGAGAUCUGCUGAGACAGGCUGCUGGCCAGAGACAGGAAGAUAAUUUAGAAAGAGAAGAACACCUUCAGUUGAAUAGUAAGUACAAUGCCUUUGGGGUUAAUUUAAAGGCAAACUAUGGCUAUUAUUUUGUUUUUUUCCCUGUAACAGGUGCCAGUAGCACAGCCAGCUGUGAAAGUCCGUUGCCCACAACAGAAAAACACAGGAAACCAUUGCUUAAAUUCUGCUAUCACUGCGGUCGCUCUGUGUCCGUGAAGCUGACUGCGUGUAGCCGCUGCCACAAGGUCUUCUACUGCUCCAGGGCCUGCAAACUGAAAGCUUGGGAUGAAAGACACAAGGAAGAGUGUAUCCGGCUGUCAGCAUCUGCUGAAGUCAUCCAGAAGAGUGUUUUAAAAUCCAAAAGAGGCCCCAGGCCCUUGACUGCCAUGUUGAAAUCCAAAACAGUCCCCAGGCCCUUGAGUGUCAAGUUGAAAUCCCAAAGAGUCUCCAAGUCCCUGAGCAUGGCAGAGAAGGUCUUGGAGAGCCAAGUCAACCUGAAGGAAAACUACAGCUGCAACUGAUGGAU